CAUAACGGUGCUGUCAUGAAAUCUCCAAAACCACAUGUACAUGCAUUUGUCAUCAUUCAUCAAUGAAAACUCGCUAGGGAAAACCGUCUGAAAAUUGAGUCACGAAAAAUCAACAUCGAAGACAACAAAAUUCUUGUUGUAUGAGAUAGACAAAGAUAAAUAUAGUGUCUUUGUCUCUGUCUUAAACAUCCAUAGCAUAUCACGCAUGUGCAGAACGAGAUCCUUUUCUUGUCUUCCAUGUUGAUUUAUCACGACUCAAUUUUCGGACGGUUCCUUCUAUACAUUUGGUUUCGGUAGAAAUCAAGUAUGUCGAUCGAGUGUCAACGUCGAGUCAAAGUCUGUUCAUAUGAUCGUGCUUUCGCAGUUAGUUUAUAUGAUCAUAAUAUGAACUAUGAGUGAAGUAAAUAUAGCGUACUAAUAAAUCAUACACUAGUUAUUAAUUUUAUACACGUACAAGUAUACAAUAUUUUUACAAUACUGAUCUCCACGCCUUAGGACUAGUAUUUUUAAAUUAUACUUGAAUUUUACAUUUUGUCAUUAUCAUAUCAUAUAAAAAGAAGUUACAAAUUCGGUGUACUCAAAACAAAGUUCAACCGCCAGAUCAUUUAUGAAUAUGUAAGACAGAAUUAGCUGUUGAAGUCUUCGAUUUUGUCAAAUAUCCUUCUUAUUUCCUGAUUAUUAAAGUAAAAAAUAACUUAUGGUCUAAAAUGUCUGAGGUAAUUUUCUAAAGUACUGAUAUUUCAUAUUUUUCAUACUCACAUUUAAACUGAAAAAUGACAAGAGUAAUUAAACACAUAUAUUCUUGUAACUACUAACAAAUUUGGAAUAAACAUUGCCUUUUUCUAUCCUACUGAAUAUAAUAAUAAGAUAAAUAUAUAAUACUAUCAUGGCGGGACGUGGUAGGGGAAGAGGUAAGCCUUCCAUGUCAAUCAGUACGGAACAAUUAGGCUUUGCUAAAGGAGAAGCAUUACCUCCACCAGUUUUACAACCUCCAUUAAAAUAUCCUCUUCUAGAAUAUAAACCAUUGCCUUUAAAUAUUACUAAAGAAAUGAGUUAUUUGUUGGAAUUAAAGAAAGGAUAUGCAGAAUAUAUGAGAGAAUCGCCUAACAAUGUUUUGCCUUUAGUAAUUAAAAAGGAUAUUGAGAGGUAUUCAGAUCGAUAUCAAGACUUGAUUACUGAUAAAAGUAGUUAUGAGAGUAGAUAUGAUUGGAGCAAAAUGCCUAUAGAAUUAAAGUCUCAAUUGCGAAAGCGUAAAGGACAAAAAUGUGAGAACCCACAGACAAAACGUAAGAACAUUGAUAUAGAGCUAAAGUUGCAAGAAUUAGAAAAAAAAGAGAGUUUGCAACAAAGUGAUGCAGAGGAAGAAGAAAAGGAGGAGGAAGAAGCAGAAGGAAAGGAUGAUGAGCAAGCAGAAGAUGAGGAAGAAGAACUAGAUGAGGAAAUGGAUGAGGGAACUGAUUAUGUGAAUAAUUAUUUCGAUAAUGGAGAAGGUUACGAUGAUGAAGACGAUAAUUUAGAUGAUGGGCCGAUUUAUUAAGAUAGUUUCUACAAGAAUCAAAAAUUUCCAUUUCAGAUAGUAUUUUAUUUAAAUACCACAAUUUUUUAUCUUAAAAAUUACUUGCUAAGAUCCUUAUCUUUCUGUUUCAAUUUAGAAAAUUUGAUAAUUUUAUAUGUAUGUGAGAUGUAAUUUUAUCAUAUAUAUAUAUAUAUAAAAGUGCAUAGAAAUAUUUUUAAAUAAAUAGAUCAUUUAAAAAAGAUAUAAAUUAAUUUUUUCCUAAUUUUUCCUGAUUAAAUUAGAUUGUUUAUACUUUAUAAAGUACAGAUUAAUACAUUUUAUGUUUCAUAAUAAUAUUAGGAACGCUUAUAAACUUUUUAACUCGUUAAAUUAUCAGUACAUAUACAUAUAUUAAUAUUUAAUACAAUAGAAUAUGUGCUUGUAUAUUGUAUAAUAACAAUAAUAAUAAUAAAUCCCAUGACAGGAAUAAUAACAGUACAAAUAUAAUAAAUAUAAGUACUUACAUGAAUAUUAUGUGGUAUAUGAAUUUGUUAGGUUUUUGUUAGGUUAAAAAUAUAAUGACAUUUAAAAUAUUUAUUCUCAAAUUAGAAAGAUUCAUAAACAAAGAUAUACGUACAGAUAUAUUUUACAUAAAUAAUAAAGUGAAGAAAAUUUAACAUAUAUAUCAGAUUUAUUACUAUUCUAGAUUAAUUUAAUUAUUAUAGAUGUCAAACCUGAACAGACAAAUCAAAUUAUAGAGGAACACGUAAAAAAUGAAAAUGGAAGCAAGACUUGAUAUACAGAGAGUUAUAUCUCCACAUCAGUUGUUCUAAAAGAUAAAAAAUAAUUGCAAAAUUGGUUCAUAUGUGAACUCAAAAUAAUGAAUAUGAUACAUAAAUAAAUAUAUGUAUAUAUAUAGACAUACAUAUAUAUACAUAUAUCAACUAUACGAUAGAAUGUGAUAAAGUACAAAAGUUAUGUUAAGUUCAUGGUAUUGUGUAAAAGGACAGCAGUGCAAGAACAUUUCAAUAAUAUUUUGAUGAUGUAUGAAUAAGUAACGACUUAUUAACCGUUUUGUAUCUUGUUUUAUCGCAUUAAUUUUAAGUUAAGUAUUCUUGUCCGGUUUUCGUAAAACUAAUUUUUACACUUUCAAUACAAUAGUACCUCUAUAUGAGAGGUUAUAUUUUGCAAAACACAUAA